UCAACGUGGCCUACGGUAGCGUCUCGAUCGCGACGCGACGUGUUUCCUCUUCCGUCGAUUUACUAGCUACUCGCGAUUUAUAGUUCCUAUUAGAUUGCCAAGAGCAUGGGCGGCGGCGAUGGCCCAGGCCGAUGGGACAGAGAAGGCCUGAGGAAUGAUAUCGUGACCCUCUUUGGAACGAAUGUCUUCUAUUUAACCCAACUGGCGGAUUUAGGAGGACCCAUCGCGCCAUUCCAAUUGACGACUAACGAACGGCCGGCGCGUCCCGUUGAAUUUGUUUCCUCUUUCCAAUCCCCCUUAUAAUAGUUACGAGGUCGCCUUUCCAACGACAAUAAACGUCGUCGCGCGAUGCACGGGGAGAUCGGAUCCCGUUUUCCGGAUUCACUGGCCGCAGUAUAACCGUGGCAUCGCCCGCGAUCGACCGAAAUUAUCGAGCGGGAUGAAUAUUACAGGUGAAGAAGAGGCAGAAGAAGACAAGCUGCGUCCGACAUACGAGCAGGAUGAAUUAGAUGAAUUGAUUCAGUGUGUUAAGGAUAUGACGACGUUGAGCAGUCUGACGAAUGACGAUUGGACGUGGAAAUGCGACAUGGACAUCCGCGAGUUCUUCCACGAACCGAGCAUUCCGGUCCUCUGCAUUUAUCACGUGAACGGCAGCCUCACCACAGAAUUUUCAUUUCCUACGGUGCCCGUGCGCGAGCUAACCUACUUCGUGAGACAGCCCAACGAGAUUCUCCGCUCGGAGAACUUUCGCGAGCGCAUUCUCUUCGGAUCGAUGAACGACAUGGUGGAGAGCCAUAUACUGGGCGUUAUCCAGAACGUGUUUGCGCCGAUCUUCCUCACAAUCGAAACCUGGCCCGACAGUAUCCUUUGCUGCUCCCUUCUCGUCUCUAUUAUCGCAUUCCCAAAGUACCCAAUUAAUUCGUGCAACUAGCGCGAAAAGUUUCACGAGGCACGGGGCCAAACGGCACGAAUUUGCUGGACGGGCAAAGUCGACUGCAUAACGA